GACAGUUCAGUAAGCAGCUGAAAUCCUCUGCUGCGGCAGUAUGGACAGCCUUAACUUCCACCGGGAUGUUCUCUGACAGAAACUUUCGAUGCUUUCAAGUCUCUUUUAGCUCAGUGUGUGUGCAUGAGAGGGCAUGCGUGUGGCUGCAGAACAAUGGCUCUAAACAGAGUAUCUCAACUGUGCCAUGAAAUCACCAGGCUGUGGCUGCAGCUGAAGAUGAUAACAGAUGACAUCCUGCAGAAGGGAGAUGGUCCUCUGUUAGCGGCUCAAAUUGGCUCUGAACUCCAGAAACAGUUCGCCAUCCUGCCAGGGGGCCGCGGGAUCAACGGCCACCCCGUCAUCUUCCUCCCAGAGUUCCCAGCGUUCGGCGAGCUGCCGGAAGCGGAGCUCCAGAAUGUGCUCCACUACCUCACAAGUGUCCCCAGCGUCACAGCGUCUGGUGUGGGCUUCAUCCUGAUCAUCGACAGACGGCUGGACCGAUGGGCCGCCGUCAGAGCCACCCUGCUUCGCAUCGCAGGUUCAUUUCCAGGGAACUUGCACUUGGUUCUGGUGUUGCGUCCCAAUACUUUGUUCCAGCGGACUCUCUCGGACUUCCUGUUCAAGUUCAACAGGGAUGAGUUCAAAAUGAAGGUGGUGAUGCUGAGUACAGUGACUGAGCUCCAUGCUUAUAUCGACCCGGGACAACUGACCACAGAGCUGGGAGGCACACAGGAAUACUGCCAUGACAGCUGGAUCUCCCACCGCACUGCCAUCGAGGCGUUCGCCCUGAUGGUGAAGACCGUUGCACAGACCCUGCAAGCGUUUGGCACUGAGCUUGCAGAAACAGAGUUACCCAACGAUGCAGAGGCCACCAUCGACCUGCUGCACAAACACACGCUGAAGAAAAACACAAUGAAGGAGGACCUGAAGGUGGCGCUGUCUCAAGGAAGGCGUCUGUUGGCUUGUAUCAAUGAGCCUCUACAGACAGAUCCUGAAUACAACAUGACACAAGAUGAAAUGGAGAACCUGGCUACUGUUCAGAGACUUCUGGGUCAGCUGGAUGAAACGGAGACAGCAUUCGAUGAUUUCUGGGAACGUCACCACACUAAGCUGGAGCAGUGUUUGCAGCUCCGCCACUUUGAAAAGCACUUCCGUGAAGUGCGUCCCCAGCUUGAUGUGGUGUCCGAGCGUCUGGUGGGUUUCUCCGAAGUCAGCAUCAGUCCCGCCCAUGCAGAGCAUGUGCUGCGAGAGCUCAGCGGCCACGAGGACAAGGCUUGUGAGCUGAUGGAUCUCGCCCUGUCUCUGGCCAGCGAAGGGGACAGACUGAUAGAAAACUCUCACUAUGCCGAGGACUGCAUCAGGCCAAAGUGCAUCGAGCUGAGAGGAGUGUGUGAGGAGAUCGGCUCUACUCUGAGGAGCAAGAAGAACCUCUUGCUCAGAGCCAUGGAGCUGCACCACGCCCUGGAGAAGGCAUUCCAGUGGUGUGAGGAUGGCAUCUUCCUGUUGGCUAACCAGCCAGUGGACCGCUGUCAGUCUCAGGAUGGAGCUGAGGCGGCUCUGCAAGAACUGGAGCGAUACUUGGACACUGCAGCUGUUCACACCAUCACAGACCGCAGCGCCAUCUGCUGUCAGUACGAGGCUGUGCUCAAUCCUCAACUCGGGGACCGCAUAGAUAAAGUUUUCCAGAAGCAAAGUUCUGUCCAGGAGAUGUUUGAGAAGAGACGAGUUAGCCUGAAGAAACUUGCUGCCAAGCAAACUAGACCAGUCCAGCCAGUAGCACCGAGACCUGAGGUCAAGUCUCCGCUUUCCUCUCCCAAUCCAGAGAGAAAAGAGGGGAGAUACUCAGCAGAUGGUGCCCUCUGUAAAAAGGGGGAGUCUCCUGUACACAAUAGUUGCACAAGGCAUGCUUCCCUUUCAGAAGAAGAGGAAAACCUUGCAGUACUUCGUCGGCACGUGAUGAAUGAGCUGCUGGAGACAGAGAGGGCGUAUGUUGAGGAGCUUCUGUGCGUGCUGGAGGGUUAUGCAGCAGAGAUGGACAACCCCACCAUGGCUCACCUCAUCCCAAGCAACCUGCAGAGCAAGAAGGACAUCCUGUUUGGGAACAUGCCUGAAAUUUAUCAGUUUCAUAAGAGGACUUUCCUGAAGGAGCUUGAAGAGUACACAGACUUCCCAGAACUUGUAGGCCGGUGCUUUUUAGAACGGAUGAAAGACUUGCAGAUCUACGAGGCUUAUUGCCAGAAUAAACCUCGCUCAGAGAGCUUGUGGAGACAAUGCUCAGAUUGUGCCUUCUUCCAGGAGUGCCAGAAAAAGCUGGAACAUAAACUUGGUUUGGACUCCUACCUCCUCAAGCCUGUCCAGAGAAUUACAAAGUACCAGCUACUACUAAAAGAGUUGUUGAAGUACAGUAAGGGCUGUGAUGGUGCCAGUGACCUACAGGAAGCUCUGUCCUCCAUCCUGGGAAUCCUAAAAGCUGUCAAUGACUCCAUGCAUCUCAUUGCCAUCACAGGAUAUGAGGGUAACCUCUCAGACCUAGGUCGUCUGCUGAUGCAGGGCUCUUUCAGUGUCUGGACGGAGCAUAAAAAAGGUCACGCCAAGGUGAAGGACCUGGCCAGGUUCAAGCCCAUGCAGAGGCACCUGUUCCUGCACGAGAAGGCUCUGCUCUUCUGCAAAAGAAGGGAGGAGAACGGAGAGGGCUAUGAGAAGGCUCCAUCAUAUAGCUUCAAGCACUCACUAAGUAUGAGUGCAGUAGGCAUCACUGAGAAUGCUAAAGGAGACAACAAGAAGUUUGAGGUCUGGUGCAACUCCAGAGAAGAAGUGUUUAUUGUUCAGGCUGCGACUGCAGAGAUUAAAACGGCAUGGGUGAACGAGAUCCGUAAAGUUCUGACUCAGCAGCUCAAAGCCUGCAGGGAUGCCACUCAGCAGAAGAGCUCAGACUCAGUUUCUCCAAAUCCCACCAGCAAUAACACCUCCAUCUCUCUCAGCCCCUUUCGGAGCAGUGGCCAGAAGAACCAGAAGAAGCAGGAUGAGAAGAAGGCUGAGUCAACCCCGACCGUAGAGGCUAAUUCACCAAAACAUAAAGAUGAAGCUGUGACCAGCCCGACCACUGAUAGGUCCUCAGUGGCUAAAAAGCGUUUUACUUUGCAGGGUUUCAGCAACCUCAAGAGUCCCAAAGGCUCAGCUCUGAGUCCUGAGCACACCUCCAAACGCCACUCGGUCAAGAGCGACCCUACGCCAUUUGGGUUCAAAGAGCCGGCUGCACGCAGCACUCUGAGCAGAGUCAAAUGGAUGAGUACGUCUAAUCUGUUACAGAGCAAGCGGCAAGGCUGGAACAAGCCAUCUCUCUCCAUGGACGCCUCGGAGGAGAACGAUGGCUUCUCCAGUGGAGAGGACCCUAUGAACUCCGACACUGAGGAUGAAGUAGUGAAAAAGCUGGCUCCAGGAAAGUACACUGUGGUAGCAGACUGCGAGAAGGCAGGUCCUCAAGAGCUGUCUGUCAAAAGUGGAGACAUGGUCCAGCUAAUCAGAGAAGGAGAGGAGGGACAAUGGUUUGUGAAGAACCUUCGCAAUGGUAAAGAUGGCUGGGUGGCAGCUCCAAACCUCCUUAGCCUCAUCUCCGAGUCCAAAUCAUCUCAAUCACUCAGCAGCUCUGAUGGCAGCGUCUCUGGGAACCUAAGCACCUCUUCCAGCUGCAGCGAGACCUACACCAGCUUCUCCGACAUCAAACCCUGACCCAAGAUCCUAGCCCCAUUUCCGUCCCUCAAUCUUUAAGUUAUUUUCUACUUGCAUCAUGAAAUCUGCAGCCGACUAUGACAGGAGAUCAGAAUGUGUUUUUUCCAUUUUGUUUUAUUGACACAGGUACCUUUAAAGUUUUCUUGCACCUUACAAUUCUAAGUUUCACAGUCAUAUCAUGUGAGGCGUCAUCUCCUGUCAGGUCUGCUUUAAAAAUCCCAAAAGGCUUAAAAGCCUUCAUUUACUGGACAGGUGUUCAGUGCCAUAGCGUGAUUAUGUAGCAUCUAAACAAACAUUUUAAAGAAUAUCUGCUCUAAAUGCAAAACCACUGGAGUCACACCCGGCCCCUUCAAGUUGAGGACAUUGCAGAUUCUUCUUCAGAGUUUGCACAGAUGCUAUUGAACAGGUAUUUCUCCUAUUACAACAGCUUUUGUGUCGGGCAUUGAUCGUACACUGUGAAAAGUGGCGGGUGGCUGCAACUAGAAACAUGCUGGUGGCGCGUCCUGGGGUGAAAGUGGCCCCUGUUGUUCCUAGAACAUGAAAGAGGUCUUAAAGCCCCGUUGUGUGUCUGUUUGGCACAAAAAUACUGUGUUCCUCCCAUAUAUUUACUGAAUAAACAAAGAUUUAGAGGUCUUGAAACGUUAAUGUCACCAAUCGCUCCACAUCUUGCACUUCUCUACUUAAAUACUGGCAGCUUGGACAUCUAGAUUUGUUUUUGUUUUUUUCUUAUUUAUUUUAAAACGGGGCCUCCCCUCUGAGCCGCUCUUCAUUUUACAUCUCAGGAAAUCCUAGUGGUUGCUCUGUCAGGCAGGUGCAACUGCAUACCUGCACAUGUAGACUUUGUAUGCACAUUCCUGCCUGCUGGUUCAGAACAACUGUUACUGUAGCAGAAAUAUUAAAGGGGCAGGCCCAAGCCGAUUAAGUGGCUAUAUAAACCAUUUCCCAGCACUGUGUGACCAUGACCCUCAUCAACGCACGCUGAAAUGGUCAAACGGCAUCUGAAAUCUCAAUCAAAUGCAUUUCAGUUUGUUUUUCUGCCCCACCUGCACAAUAGAAACCUUUGUCCUUGGUCUUUGCUCCCAGCCCCAUUCAGGCAUGUGACAGUAGCCACUUUUUUUUUUUUUUUUUAUAAAUAAAGCCAGACCUGCUCUUCAUGUUUGAGGCAACAUUUGUGCUCACCCAACAUCUAACUGCGGCUGACCCCGUUAAGAAAUUAUGAAAAAGUGAGACUUUUUGUAGAGAUUACACAGAAAGAGGAACAUGUGCAGUUAUAAACACUGAAUCACACCCUCUCUCUAAGAGCAAACAUGAUUUUAUAUACCCCAUAUUUGUACUGUAUCCACAAGGUGCUGUAAAAUUCUCUCUUCCUUUAUUUUUAAUGCAGGGCGCUGUUGAACUUAGCUUAGCUCCACCCGUUUAUUGCUCAGAUUGGGCCUGACGUCUCUGUCAGUAAAGAGAAAGGAAGAAACAAUCCUGCAGGGCUUUUAGUUUCAAACUGUGUGCGGCUGGCUGGCCUUAUGUGUUCAUAAAUGUACCUCUUCUAUUGAUGUCACCUGUAUACCUCAUGCUGUUUUCCACAAGAGCACAUAUACUGUAAAGAAGAGUCUCUUUGUCUCAGCUUUUCACUCUUUGUGGCAUGUUCCUCACACCUCCCCCAUUUAAACCUAGAGAAAAUAUUUUUUACCUGGCACUGUUCAUACAUUAUGAGAGUUUAUUUUCUGCCCUCUUUAAGAAAGCUGACACGGGCACUAAACUUGUCAGGGUUUGAUCACGGUCACACCAUAAAGUUAAAUGAAUCAUUUGUACUUCUGAGUCUGAGGCUGGAAGAAAUGAGAAAUGGGGUUAUAUUUUGUACUUUUCUGUUUUAUGCAGCACAUUGCGGCAACCACUGUCUUAAUUUUCUGAUGGUAUAUCUACUGUGUAUGAUGGUGAAAUAAAAAUGUUAUAAUGAGACAUAUAUGUAUAUUUGUAAAUAUGUAUUCUGACUUGUAUGUACAAUUAAAGCAGCUUUAAUAAAGUCUGAGAUUGUUUCCUCAA